AUUAAUUAAAGGUAUAUAACUCAGUUACUAAAAAUAAAAUUACGUUCUUCCGUAAUCUUCAACGUUGAUUUCUCCAGCACAUCCCGUUUUAGCUUCAGACACACCAAAGGUAAUCCUUAAUCUAUCCAUCUUUGAUCAAUUGAUAUAGGGUGUGAGAAAUUGAUGCCCAAAUUAAUCUAAGGUUUCUUGUAGAAUUUUGAAUUGAUUGGCUUAACAUGAAGAAAGGAGAAAAAUCUGAUAACAAUAAUAAGCAGAAGAAGAGAAAAACUAGUUAUAGUGAUGAUUCAGAUGAUGAUUAUGUAUUAGAGGACGAUGAUGAUGUAGAAUCUAAUGGUUCUGAAGGAUUUAUUGAUCAUAAUAACCCAUCGGAGGAUGAAGAGGUGGGAUUUGAUGAUUCCGAGGAAAAGGAGGGAUAUGUGAUUGGUUCCGAUUCUGAUGAUGAUGAUGAUGAUUUUAUUAGUAGUCGUAAGAGGAAAAGGAAACAAAAGGUAAUUGUUAGAUCGAAGGAUUCAAAAUCGGGUGGAAAAAGAACUAGGGUUAAACCACAAAGGAGGAAAAAAACUUCGGAUUCUAAUGAUGAUGAUAGUGAUGGUGAUGAUGACGAUGAAGAUUAUUGUGUCUUCGAUGAUGAAUUUGCGAUUGAAAAGGUUGCUACCGGUUCGAAAUCGAGUGGGAAAAAAACUAGAAGGAGAAGUAGACAGUCGAGUAAUAGAAGCACUUGGGUACGGAAGGUGGAGGAGGAGGAUUGUGAAUUUGAGGAUGAAUCUGUUGGGAAAACAACUAGGGGUAGACAGUUGAGUAGUAGAAACACUAGGGUAUCAAAUGAGGUGGAGGAGGAGGAGUAUUGUGAAUCUGAGGAUGCAUUGGGUGGGAAGAAGAAUAGGGGUAGAAUACAAUCGAGUAAUAGGGACACUAGGGUUUCAGAUGAGGAUGUGGAGUAUUGUGAAUUUGAGGAUGAAUUAGUUGCGAAAAAGACCAAGGGGAGACGGCAGUCGACUAGUAAAAGAAGUAAGGCAUCAGAUGAUGAUGAUGAAGAGUAUGAUCUUGAGGAUGAAAAUGACGAGGAUGAAGAAUUUGAGCCAGAUGGGAUUGAUUUUGUUGAUGAAGAGGAUGAAGAUUUGGAAGAGGUGGAGUAUAUGAAAGCGGUGAAGCGUAGAAAGAUCUCGGUAAAAGGACGGAAUAGAAAGAGGAAAACGAAGGUUUCAAAGAAGAGAAAGAGAGAGAGGGGGAUAUUAGGAGUGACGAAGCCAGCUGAAAGUUCUGAUGAAGAUUUUGUGGAUACUGUUAGUGUUGCUAGGGAGAAAUGUAAGAAAACAACGAGGAGUAGAACUAAAAGAGUUGUGACAGAAUGGGAUUCAGAUUCAGCUAGCUCAAAGUCUUCGGAUUUGGAGUACACCAUCUCUGAGGAAGAAAAAGAGUCUUUGGAAGAAGCUAAGAAAUUCUGUGGGGAGUUGAAAACUUGUACUAGGAGUUCGGUUCCAGCGAAAAAGUCGCAGGUGGAUGUUGAAGCUUUGGAUCUCCAGGAAGAGAAACCAUUGAGGAGGUUAAGAAAGGGAAAAGCAACGGUUAAAGAUUUAAUAAAUGAUUCAGGAAAGCAAGUAUGUGGAAUAUGUUUAUCGGAAGAAGGGAAUGCUAUAGUCAAGGGGACGUUAGAUUGUUGCAGUCAUUAUUUUUGUUUUGGUUGCAUAAUGGAGUGGUCAAAGGUAGAAUCUCGUUGCCCUCUUUGUAAACAACGUUUCUCGAGUAUUACGAGGGCUCCAAGGUCAAGCAUAGGGAUUGACUUGAGGACUACGGUGGUUCAGGUGCCAAUGCGUGAUCAGGUUUAUAGGCCGUCGGAGGAAGAAGUGAGGGGCUACUUUGAUCCGUAUGAAAAUGUGCUUUGUAUGGAAUGCCACCAAGGUGGAGAUGAUAGCCUUAUGUUAUUAUGCGAUAUCUGUGAUUCCCCUGCACAUACAUAUUGUGUUGGUCUGCAGAGAGAAGUACCUGAAGGCAAUUGGUACUGUGAAGGUUGUAGGAUAUCUGAAGCUGGUUCGUCAAAUAUACAACUUCAAAUCCCAGUAGUUAAUCGUGGUUUAUCAGGCAAUGUUAGCAUCUCCACUUCUGUAUCAGCCUAUAGAACCGACACCGAAGGUCUCUUUCCACCUCCCCUGCAUUUUCCAAUACAGCAACCAUCAUAUUCUCAAGGAUAUAGGAAUCUUCAGUCUCCUAGAUAUCAUGUUCAUGCUACCUCUCCAUCUGGAGCAGGGGUGUCAACUCUCUCAGGGAGACGCAGGGUACACCGUCAAGUACACGAUCGGUUUUCAAUCAAUAGAGAGAACCAAAUGACUGAUUACCUUGGUCGAACUUCUGCGAUCCCUGAAAUCGACUUGAAUCGUGAAGUUGUUGAAGCAGAGCUGUGUGAAGAUCUAAUAGACCAACGUUCUCGAGAUGUAUUAAUUAGUGGUAGUAUCAGUACUGAAUUCGAUCACUGGGUACGAGAGGGAGGAUCCCAUUCUGCAAGAUUAUGUCCAUCAAGGCAGGUGGCAGGUCUGGGAACAAGUACUACCGUGACCGAUGGUUCUGAACUUGCAACUUUGCGUUCUGAACAUGACAUGACUAACUUAUUAUUGGGUUCCGAGCAAUUCAAUCACUGCAGCAGCGUCAGGUCAGAUGAUAGUAUUUCUCCCCAUACAAAGUCAUAUAUCCACAGAGAAAGUGCAAGUUAAUGUGCAUUACUGAAGCAUUUUAAGAUUCUUAGUCAAAAAAAGUACUGAAACUGCUUUCCAAGACGUUUCACCUGGCUUACCUUCGAUUUACGAGUUUGACAACUCGAGCGUGUCAAGAAUCUGGUUAUUCUGUUGAUGCGGCCCUCAAACUGUUGUUUGUUUUGCUAUGGAGGAUGAAACAGUCGAUAUUGGUUGAUAUUCAUCUUGGCUUGAUUUUUUAUACACAACGAGGAUGGUGUUGAUAAAAACGGCUACAUUCAAUUUUUUUAGAUGCAUGACUAUUCAUUCUUGAUAUCUCGAUAUCUUAAAAUGUUUUAGAUGCAUGACUGUAUUCAUUCUUGAUAUCUCAAUAUCUUAAAAUGUUGUAGACCACAUUGUUAGUGAUUUAAGGAAUUCCUUUGUGAAAAGCAGAAAGAAUAAAGACUAAUUUGGAACGAGAAUGUAUUGGACCCUGUCAUUCUCAUUGGCACCAGCAGCAUUAAAAUUAAAUAUACUGUCGAGCAGAAAA